AUGAGGACCCAGGUUAUCAAGAUUUUAGAUGUGAUGGGGUGUCCUGAUUCCCAGAGAGUGUCGCUUGCUACCUUCACACUAGAGGGAGAAGCAGAGUUAUGGUGGAAGUUAGUUAAGAAGGAAGCUGGGUCGAGUAUAGUAUGGAGUUGGAGCAUGUACAGCGAUAAGUUCGACCAAAAAUAUUUUCCUGAUAGUAUUCAAGAAAAGAUGGUGUCAGAAUUUAUAUCUCUUGAGCAAGGAUCUUUAUCUGUGCCCCAAUACGAGGCCAGAUUCAUUGAGCUAUCCCGUUUCACAUCAGAUCUAAUUUCAACCCCCAGUAUGAAAGCUUGUAAAUUUGAGAAGGGACUUCAUCCUGGCUUGAGGAGUAGGGUAGUACCUUUGCGACUCCCUACAUUUGAAGAGGUGACAGACCGAACUAAGAUCAUAGAAGCAGAUUUUGAAGAGAUGAACAAGACUUAUGAGUAG